ACAUCCCCUUAUUCCUCAUCUUCACCGGGGCAGCCAGAGGCUUCACAUCCGGGCGGCUCUCUCGCUCCUCUUCAAUCGCAAUCCGCUUCCCUUCCCUGCGCUCUUGACCGGGGAGGUCUGUGGCUGCAGAAGAAACCUCCGAAUCCCGGACCCUCCGUCGGCGUCUGGUACCGGGGCCCUGAGGCGCUGCUUUCCCGCACAGCAGGUCGCACAUGACGCGGGCUCUGCCGAUGGUGGUGCACGGCGCCGAGCGCUCCCAGUCGGUGCGACAUCUCCGCGCUGAAGUAGCAUCACUGGCUAACGUUAGCUAACAACAUCGAUCUCUCUGCUGCUCCACCCCCCUCUCCCUCCGGUCGACCCCCGGUACCGAUCCGUCACAUCCACAGUUGAUUGAUAGCUAACACUAGAACACCGAGAGCCGUCCGUCCGCUAGCGCAGAAACCCCACCGGUUACCUCCCCUAACGUUUCGGAUUUAGGGCCCGCAACGACAGUUGCUUAGGAGUUUUAACCCGUGAUAUUCAGAUCACCGACCCCCUUUCCUCUUCCACUGUGGCCUUUUUAGAGGUCCGUUUCCUCUCUACCUCAACAUCCCUAUGCCUCCCCGCCCCUUUGUGUAGCUAACCUCAGCUGCACAAUCACUCCGACUCUGAUCAGCCCCACCGACAUCGGCUCAGCUGCUUCUGACAAUCCGACCAAGGAGCGCUGUUCGGCGGGAACUUAAUAGCGUCGAACCGCAGCGGACAACUCCGGUUCUCUCCCUCCCUUUUCUCUCAGUCCGGCUGCAGAGGGAAGUUGCUGGCUGACCUAUUCCACUUCACACCCACACAGUCAGCAAAUCCAGUUACCGGUCUACCCCUGAUACCCCCUCCAGUUCCCCCCGACCCCAGCAGAUCUCCGUGACAAACGCCCCACAGCGCCCGAGCCACGGGUCUCGCCAUGCCGGGUCCGGUGGCCGGUAGCAAGUCCCGUGUGUACGCAGACGUCAAUACGCUGAAGAGCCGGGAGUACUGGGACUACGAGGCCCACGUACCCAACUGGAACAACCAGGAGGACUACCAGCUGGUUCGUAAACUGGGCAGAGGGAAGUACAGUGAAGUGUUCGAGGCCAUCAACAUCACCAACAACGAGAAGGUGGUGGUCAAGAUUCUGAAGCCGGUCAAGAAGAAGAAGAUCAAGCGAGAGAUUAAGAUCCUGGAGAACCUGCGUGGGGGGACCAACAUCAUCCGACUAGUGGACACAGUCAAAGACCCAGUGUCCAGAACUCCAGCGCUUGUCUUUGAAUGCAUCAAUAACACAGACUUCAAGGAGUUGUACCAAAAGUUGACAGAUUACGAUAUCCGUUUCUAUAUGUAUGAACUACUGAAGGCUCUGGACUACUGUCACAGUAUGGGAAUCAUGCACCGUGACGUCAAACCCCACAAUGUGAUGAUCGACCACCAGUUGAGAAAGCUACGCCUUAUAGACUGGGGUUUGGCAGAGUUCUACCACCCAUCCCAGGAGUACAACGUCAGAGUGGCCUCACGGUACUUCAAAGGCCCCGAACUCCUGGUGGACUACCAGAUGUAUGAUUACAGUCUUGACAUGUGGAGUUUGGGCUGUAUGCUGGCCAGUAUGAUAUUUCAGAAAGAGCCCUUCUUCCAUGGACAAGAUAACUAUGACCAGUUGGUGCGAAUUGCCAAGGUCCUGGGGACAGACGAGCUGUUCGGCUACUUGCGUAAAUACCACAUUGAACUGGACCCGCGCUUCAAAGACCUGCUGGGACAGCAGAGCAGGAAGCGCUGGGAACAGUUUGUGCAGACGGAGAACCAGCACUUGGUGAGUCCUGAAGCCCUGGACCUGCUGGACAAGCUGCUACGCUACGACCACCAACAGAGACUGACUGCCACAGAGGCCAUGGAGCACCCUUACUUCUACCCAGUAAUAAAGGAGCAGUCUCUGUCAAACUCUGACAACAACAUGGUAUCCAGUGGCAACACUACAGCGCGAUGAAACACAGGUAAACACAGACGUGGAAGAAGAAGAAGUUUGUUACCUCAGCUUUGUACCCGGUUGUGACAGUAACUUUGACAAGUGUACAGUGACAAUGGAUCAAAGUAACUCUGACCAGUUACACACUGACA